UCAUUCACACUGAAGACUAUUUAAGGCUGAGCAUGAAGCCGAUUCCACAGAGAAUGUUCCAAACUGCAACUUAGGAACAUUUGCCAAACAGUGUGGGAUUCAAACUAAGUCACUGGUACUUUUCCCACCAUGAACAAAUUGCUGAGUUUCGCUGUACUGCUCUGUGCUGCUCUGUCUGCAAACUCAGCACCUCCGACAUGCUACUCACGUGUGUUGUCACUGGGUAAAGAAAUCACAGACAGUUACAUGGAUCUACAGAAAUCUGAAAUUGUGGACCCAUGUGUGAAGAUGCUACCGAGGCUCUACCUGGACAUUCACAAUUACUGCGUGCUGGCAAAACUCAGGGAGUUUGUGGCAUAUCCUCGAUGUCAGCGAGUGCCCCAAGUGAAUACUCUGAAGGACAAAGCUCGUAGCCUGUAUACCAUCAUGAUCUCCUACUGCAGAAGGGACUUGGUCUUCCUUAGCGAUGACUGCAAUGCUCUGGAAAUCCCAAUCCAGUCACCUACAGAUCGUUCAGCCACUCAGAACUGAGAUUCCAGCACGCCAAAGGAAGCGUUUGAAAAGGGACCAAGAGCUCCAGAAUGCAGCUGAAUGAAAGCACAGACUGGGUUCUUGUGUAUGAGCAUGUGUGGGGGUCUACACACAGCAGUAGCAGCAGCAGCAAUACUGCCUGCUUUUAGCCUAACCACAUUUCUCCUACUUCCAGGAAAUGAAGUGCAUGCCUUACCUUCAGAGCUGCCAUUUAUACGGCAUUUAUACAUCUUCAGUUUUGCUAGGAGUUAUGUAACACUAGAAGAGAUUUGUUUUUUGUUAUUCUUGAAAGUUACUGGUUGCCUAUAAUUUAAAAAAAUUAAUUACAGCUAACAUAGAGGCUCUUCCACAGCAGUAGAAAGAAGCCUCAUCUAAAGCCAGUAAACACAACCCCCUGGGAAGCUCUCCUGUGCAUAGCAUAGUUAAAUGACUGGGAGCCAUGCAAGAGCAAGGUAGCCCCAUCCAUUUCAGCAUGGCUUAGGCAGGAGAUCUUCCCCCAUGAAGAUCAUGGAUUAUGACCAGUGUAUUUUGAACUGAAGUUUUGUGACUGCAUGUAAUAGCUAUCUUACAAUGUUAUUGAACUGAAUUUGCAUCUACUUUGCAUAUUUAGAGCUAAAAAUAAUCUCUCUGUAAUUGCUCAGUGAAAAAGGGUCAAUGAGAAAAAAGAAAUUAGCAAAGUAAUUUCACCCUGCAAAGCAUUCCUCAUGUUCUUGUUCAUUUGUUCGUUUGUUUGCUAGUUCACUCUCUCUCUCUCUCUCUCUCUCUCUUUCUCUCCCCCACACCCACUGACAUUUUGAAAAGUGUUUUCUGUGUGCAGCUUAUUUCUACACUAGCCCGGUAAGUUGUCUGCUCACAGUAAGAACUGCUUUGGUUUCAUCUCCAAGGCAACCCCAAGGCUCCAUCUUGCAGAAUAAGACUGCUUUGUAAGGAGAGACUCAAUACUGUGUAGAACAUUUUAUGGAAUAAAACUUCAUUUCUCAAAAUGAAACCAUUUAUUUCAGUAAUUUCUGUUCUCAAUUAAUAUGGUUUUUGUGUAUAUCAGUUAAAGGUUCAUUUGAAUAUUUAUAUUAAUAAUAAUAAUAAUAAUAAUAAUAAUAAUAAUAAUAAUAGCAGCACCCAGCCAGGUUGGCCAAAAAAAGUGCCCUUCGCCUAGAUGGGCCACAUGUCCAUACCCAGCACUACUGACACAGGCAGAAGGGGUGUGUGGCACAUCCAGCACAUGUGCACAUCCAGCACCCAGCAGUGGCAGGCAGUGGGGCACAGCGUCCACCUUCUCAACCUGUCCUGGUGCUGCUUAGGCCCCUGCUGUCAGGCCUCCCACCUUCCUUCAUGGACAAGGAUAUUUAAUGGGAUGUUGUGUGUGUGUGUGUGUGUGUGUGUGUGUGUACACACACACAUCAUCAUCAUCAUCAUCUUCAUCAUUAUCAU